AUGGCUACUAUUGCAGAUAGCUCCCCGAAGGGCGGUUUUGCGCUUGUCCUUCAAAAUCCCUUUCUCUGUGGUGUAGCAUCGGUAAGUGUCUGCUCUUGUAUGACAUGUGGUGUUCAUUCACUCACCUUAAAACAGUUCUCAACCUUGGGUGGUCUGUUAUUUGGCUAUGAUCAAGGUGUCAUUAGCGGUGUUAUCACCAUGGAGUCCUUUGGAGCUCGAUACCCUCGAGUCUUCUCUGAAAGUGGUUUCAAGGGUUGGUUUGUGUCAACGCUGUUGCUUGCAGCUUGGGCUGGCUCCUUGAUGAAUGGACCUAUCACCGACCGAAUUGGCCGGAAGAUGUCCAUCAAUCUGGCUGUUGUGGUCUUCGUCAUUGGUUCCAUCAUCCAAUGUGCUGCUAUGAACGUCUCAAUGCUGUUCGCCGGUCGGGCUAUUGCCGGCUUGGCUGUUGGUCAACUGACCAUGGUGGUGCCUCUGUACAUUUCUGAAGUUUCCAUUCCAGAAAUUCGCGGAGGACUGGUGGUUCUACAGCAAUUAUCUGUCACUCUUGGGAUCUUGUUCAGCUACUGGAUCGACUAUGGAACUAACUACAUCGGCGGCACCAGAUGCGCUCCUGAUAUCCCAUACUCCGGUGGUACAAUUUCAAAGCCCAUCUUCGACCCUUACCAUGAUGUUCCUGCUGGUGGCUGUACUGGGCAGUCUGAGGUGUCAUGGCGUCUCCCCCUCGCCCUGCAGAUCGUUCCAGCCGUUAUCCUCGGUAUUGGAAUGCUGUUCUUCCCAGACUCGCCCCGUUGGUUGUUGAUGAAGGAGCGUGAUGACGAUUCGCUGCACGCGCUCUCAAGACUGCGCCGCCAGGAUCGUGAUAGUCCUAUUCUCCUCAAUGAGUACCUUGAAAUCAAGGCCUCCAUCAUGUUGGAAAAUUCCUUUGCGAGGGACAAUUUCCCUAACCUCUCCGGGUAUAAGUUGCACGUUGCUCAGUCCUUCUUCACAACGUGGUCCCGCUUCAGGCGGUUGGCUAUUGGCUGCAUCGUGAUGUUCUUCCAGCAGUUCAUGGGUUGUAAUGCCAUGAUCUACUACGCACCUACAAUCUUCGCCCAGCUAGGCCUGGAUGGCAACACCACCUCCCUCCUUGCUACUGGUGUUUAUGGCAUCGUCAACUGCCUUAGCACCCUUCCCGCACUCUUCUUCAUCGACAAAGUCGGUCGUCGACCUCUGCUCAUGGCAGGUGCUGCGGGAACUUGCAUCUCGCUGGUGAUUGUGGGCGGCAUCCUAGGUGGCUUUGGCUCCUCACUCGUGAGUAAUAAAUCCGCUGGUUGGGCUGGUAUUGCCUUUAUCUACAUCUACGAUAUCAACUUCUCCUAUUCCUUUGGUAAGAUCAUGCCUAUGCCACUUCCUGCCUUCAUUCUGAAGCGACCAACUAACAACACUUUCACAAUAGCCCCUAUCGGUUGGGUUCUCCCUUCAGAGAUCUUCAAUCUCUCGAUUAGAUCUAAGGCGAUCUCUAUCACAACCUCCGCAACGUGGAUGUGCAACUUCAUCAUUGGCCUUGUCACGCCUGAUAUGCUCGAGUCCAUCACCUGGGGCACAUACAUUUUCUUUGCUGCCUUCUGUCUUCUUGCCUUUGCUUUCACCUUCUUCUGCAUCCCCGAGACCCGUGGAAAGGUACGUUCCGCAACCCUCCGUUCCAGCGUGGACCGCAUUGUCCGAAGUAUUAACCAUACCAACUAUCUUUCGACAGACACUCGAAGAUAUGGAUCUCAUUUUCGGCGAUACAGCUGCCCACGAAGAAAAGAAGCGCAUCAAGCACAUUGA